AUCUAUGCCCUAUGGCACUGUAUUUUAAUUUUUCAUCAUUAUUCAUCAUUAGAGCUUUGCGAUUUUGCCUUGUCUACAUAGACCUUAUACUAUAAGGUCUAUGCUUGUCUAUUAUAGCUGUUAGAUUUUGACGUCAUCAGACAAGAGACGACCGUUUUCCACCGAGCUACUUGGAAGUUGCUGUUAAAACGACCACUAUUGAAUUUCAAUAUUGUUAACAACCUCAGACCGUCUAACUUUAUAAUAAAGUAAUUAACUACCAUGUCUGAUUCUAACGAAGUCAAUCUGCAUGAAUGUUUAGAACUGAUAACGAGACUCGCGCGACACGCCGGCAAGAUUAUAAAAUCUCGAAUCAAUGAGAAAAAAACAAUAGAGACUAAAGCCAGUUCUAUUGACUUUGUUACUGAAACAGAUCAAGAAGUCGAAAAAUUACUUAUUGAGGGAAUCAAACAAAAAUAUCCACAUCACAAAUUUAUUGGAGAGGAAUCUUUUGCUGCUGGUAUUAAAGAAAAACUGACAUGUGCUCCAACUUGGGUCAUUGAUCCUGUGGAUGGCACCACCAAUUUUGUGCAUAGUUAUCCAAACGUUUGCAUAUCUAUUGGUUUGGUUGUUGGCUGUGAUGUUAAGUUAGGAGUUAUCUUCAAUCCCAUAUUGGAUAUGUUUUUUAGAGCAAUCAAAGACGAAGGUUCAUUUUUAAAUGAUGAACCAAUUAAAGUCAGUGGCGUAAAACAACUUACUGAUGCUUUAGUCGCUGUAGAAUUUGGUUCUGUAAGAACUGAAGAAUUCAGGAAUAUUGUUAACCAUAACAUCAAUUAUUUAGCAACAAAUGCUCACGGUGUUCGUUCUGGUGGUUCAGCCGCUUGGAAUUUAGCUCAAGUAGCUAGAGGCGCUAUUGAUCUGUACAUGGAAAUGGGUAUCCAUGCUUGGGACAUGGCUGCUGGAUACAUUAUUGUAAAAGAAGCUGGGGGUACUGUGAUUGAUCCAGCUGGUAAUGAUUUUAAAUUGAUGAAUCGAAGAAUAUUAGCUACAUCAUCAACAGAAAUUGCUGAAGAAGUAUAUUCAAAAUUCCAACAAUAUUAUCCAGAACAUGAUUAAAAACUCAAUUUGCAUCUGUCAAAUAUUAUCAUGAAUAAUAGUUUAAUAUGAAUUAAUGUUUUAAUGUUUUAUCAUAAUUUAUAUCAUAUAUACCAAUACAUACAUAGGCACAUAGUACCAAAGAUAUUUUUUAUUUAAUUCCAUUGUUUUGUUAAUUAAUAAUAUAAUAUAAAUCAUUUAAAAAGUUCUUAUUACUAAAUAAUUUGUUGAAUAUGUAUGUAUUUAGUCAUAAUGUGUUGAAAAAAAUUCAUAAAUAGUUUUAAUAUUAUACAUCUAAUAAUGUAUAUUAUGUUACAAUCACUACUUAAUUUUUAUUUAAUCUGUGAUACAUAUUUAUACACGUAUAAAAAAUAAGGUGGGCAAGUGGAUAUCGCUCUACUGUAUAGUAGUGAUGGAGAGUAUUUAUUAUUUUCCCUGGGCGUUAAAAAGUAGGUUACUAUAAUGGAUGUGUUAAAUUUGAAUGUAAUGACAGGUAUCAUUGUACACGAAAAACCGGAAAAACAAUACUGAACAGAGAUGAUUUGUCAGUUUAGGAUAAUUAAUAAAAUAUAUUAUAUUAUUACCUAUAUUUAAAUUGUAAUAUAUUGUUAUUUUACUCGA